AUGCGAUUCUCGACUUCUUCGAUACUGUUGGCGGCGAUCAGCCUGCUAGGGACCGCUGUCGCGCAUAAUAUCCAGCUUGCGGCCCACGGCAGAGAAUGUUUUCACGAAAUGCUGCACAAGGACGAUAAGAUGACGGUCACAUUCCAAGUUGGCGACAGAGAAUUUGGAAGCGCAGGAAACUUGCAUGUGGACUUCUGGAUUCAAAAUCCUACUGGAGGUUACGAAACACAUCAACGAUCUGUUUCCAAUGGAGAUCACUCAUUUGAUGCUAAGCAUGAUGGCAAGUAUCUCUACUGCUUCAGUAAUGAGCAUUGGUCUGCAUCAAGCAAAGACGUUUCUUUCAAUGUCCACGGCAUAGUCUACGUUCCAGAAGCAGAAGCCCCAUCAGACCCAUUGGAGGCUGAAGUCCGCCAACUCUCCGAACUUCUUGCCCAAGUCAAGGACGAACAAUCCUAUAUCGUCGUCCGCGAAAGAACACACAGAAACACCGCAGAAAGCACAAACUCAAGAGUCAAGUGGUGGAGCAUGUUCCAGAUGGGCGUCUUGGUCGGCGAAGGUAUCUUCCAAGUCUGGUGGUUGAAACGCUUCUUCGAGGUAGGCAAGAACAGUUCCGAGCGCUAUGGCGUGUUGAGUCGGUAA